UAUGAGACUUUUUCAAUAGAUGUCGUCUUUGUGAGACUGCAUCUCUGGAGAUAGAUGGGACCGUAGAAAUGAUGGCGAGCAAAAUGAGGACCGCAAGAUUGCUGUUCGUAGCAGCUCCAAGCUCUCGGAGAGCUUUCUCUCAAUCAACUGCCAGGAGAGCAAUCAACAAGAUAUGUCCCUCUGCAUCAGAAGCCAUUGCCGAUAUGAAAGGCAGUACGACCCUCCUUGUUGGUGGUUUCGGUUUCUCUGGAGUCCCAAAUUCCCUCAUCAAUGCUCUGCGGGAUCGAUCAGACCUCAAAGACUUCACGGUGGUUUCCAACAAUGCGGGCAUGCCUGGCGUGGGCUUGGGGCAACUUUUGGAGACAAAACAAAUCAGUAAAAUGAUUGCUAGUUUCAUUGGCGAAAAUAAGGUCUUUGAGAAGAUGUAUAUCACGGGAGAAUUGGCACUGGAACUUACUCCACAGGGAACGAUGGCAGAAAAGUGUGCUGCUGGUGCGGCAGGAGUUCCAGCUUUUUAUACACCAGCUGCUUAUGGGACGAUUGUCCAAACAGGCGAACUCCCCGUCCGCUUCAACCUCGACGGAACCGUAGCCCUGAUGUCCAAACCGAAAGAAACGCGCGAAUUCAACGGAAAGCCCUAUGUAAUGGAAGAAUCCAUCUUCGCCGACUAUGCCUUCGUCAAAGUGCACAAAGCCGACAGGAUGGGAAAUUGUACAUUUCGAAAGGCCCAGAACAAUUUCAAUGAAGCGAUGGGCAAGAAUGCUAAGAUUACGCUGGUAGAAGCGGAUGAAAUUGUGGAGGUGGGCGAGAUUCCGGGGGAGAAUAUUCAUUUGCAGGGCGUGUAUGUUAAUAAGGUUAUUCUGAGUACGGAGGAGAAGAAGAUUGAGAAGUUGACGUUUAGGAAGAAUAAGGAAGAGUUGAAGAGUGCAGUGGGUGCGGGGGAGAGUUCGAGAGAGAGGAUUAUUAGGAGGGCAGCGAAGGAGUUUACUGAUGGGAUGGUGGUUAAUCUGGGGAUUGGAAUGCCUUUGAUCACUCCUGCUUUCUUGAAACCGGGAAUUGAAGUCGUCUUGCAGUCUGAGAAUGGGAUCUUAGGGAUGGGUGGAUACCCAGUGCCAGGAGAGGAAGAUCCAGACUUGAUCAAUCCAGGGAAAGAGACUGUCACACUUGCUCUUGGACAUUCGUUGUUCGGCAGUCAUGAGAGUUUCGGCAUGAUCAGAGCUGGAAGAGUAGAUCUUACUAUGCUAGGUGCACUGCAAGUUGGGAUGUUUGGAGAUCUAGCAAACUUCAUGUUACCCGGCAAGGUAAAAGGAAUUGGUGGAGCAAUGGACUUGGUUGCAAAUCCUGAGAAGACGAAAGUCGUGGUAACCAUGGACCACACAGACAAGAAAGGAAACCCAAAGAUCUUGAAGCAAUGCACAUUCCCUCUUACAGGUCAGAAAUGUGUGUCUCGAAUCAUUACUGAAUUGGCAGUAUUUGAUGUGGACCAUUUGGAAGGUUUGACACUGAUUGAGGUGGCGGAUGGCGUUACUGUUGAGGAAGUGAAAGCGAAGACUGAAGCGCCAUUUAAGGUUGCUGCUGAUCUCAAGAAGAUGUUGUGAGCAAAUAGGCACGAG